AUGGUGGAUUUACAAUCCCCUUCAAACACUCAGCAGCUCAGCAAUGGUCAUGAUACCUUGAGGCGGCGGUAUUGCAACCGCUGCUUUGACUUCCUGUCCAAUUGCCCCAAUCUAGAUGAUCUCACUACUAAUUGGGCUCUGGAACGGCUUCCCCAAGACGACGAAGGGAGGCCAUACUUGAUAUAUAAGUAUUCAGCCACAUGGGCAGAACUAGAUAAUGCCAGUUGCGCAUUGUGCAAAACCUUUGUGGAUUACGCCGAAAAGAAGACCAACUGGCCCAGCGAGACAGAAAAGCUUUACACAUUUUCCGUGGCAUAUCAUUUCAAAGUUGGAGGCGGUCUUCCUGACGUCGAGGAAAUUCAAAUUCGCCAAUUGACCUCCCCUACAGUGCGAUGGAAUUGGUUUGAGGCCUACCCCAAGCCAAAGGAAGUGUUAUGCGACCCUGAAAACAAAGUUCGAUAUGAAUCCUUACCUAUAUAUGCUCAUCCAGAUGAUCCAAGCUCUCGAUUUGUCAGUAUGAGAACACCAUCAACGAGUUUAUGGUCACAACAGCAAGUCACGGUUGCUCGAGGUUGGAUAAAAGAGUGUGAUGAGUCCCAUGGCCAUUCGAAAGAUAGAGACAACUCAAAGCUACCGACAAGGGUCAUUAAUGUGUCGAAUCCCGAUACUAUAAAAUUGUAUUGUGGCCAUCCUGGGGAAUCGGCCCCGUAUUCAGCAUUGAGCUAUUGUUGGGGCAUCUCCGCCCAGCCUGUUGUCCUCGAGAAACACAACCUGACAGACCUGGUAAAAGGGAUCAAGAUUUCUCGGCUGCCCCAGACGAUCAUCGAUGCAAUUCAAGUCACCCGUCAACUGGGUCUCAAAUACCUUUGGUUAGAUGCUCUCUGUAUCAUACAGGACUCAGAGGAAGACAAGGAGCAAGAAAUAAGGCAGAUGGCACGUAUAUAUGAGAACGCAUACAUCACAAUCGCAGCUACAAAUGCGAGAAAUGUCAGAGACGGGUUCUUAACGGCAACAAAAAACUUUAUGGAAGAUAGCGGCUGGGUUGAACUGCCCUUUCAGAAGCUAGGUCGGGUCUACUCUUUCACCAGCUGGGCAAAUCUGAUUCCUGUAGACGAUGAACCACUGAAUCAGCGAGUAUGGACACUGCAGGAAGACCUUCUAUCUCGUCGAGUCUUGUACUUCGGGUCCUUCAUCAUGUACUGGAAGUGCGGAAAGCAUGUCUAUAUGGAUCACUGGGGCUCAAGGAUCCUUUCCUUAGGCAACUUUCUGACACCAGGGUCUAUUAGCUGGGACCCGAGACGGUGCUCGGCUCGCAAGAUGCGCUAUGGCGAUGACAAAUUGGAGGCAAUAUCUGCUAUUGCGAUGGAAGCUUCGAAAGAAAUCUGCUCGCGGUACAUCGCUGGCAUGUGGGAGAGAAAUUUGGAGGAUAGCUUGCUUUGGAGGGUAAAGGAUUGGAAUCCGCCGGACGAGGGAUAUGUGCUUCCCAAGCACCGCGGACCAUCUUGGUCGUGGAUUUCUGUCGACCAGAAGAUAGACUUCGAAACAGUCUACGAUUUUGAGGCUGAGAUUUUGGAAUGCAAUGCUGAACUUGUAUUAGAGGCAUCGCCAUUUGGCAGAGUGAUUGGCGGGGUAUUGGUUAUGCGUGGGGUACUUGCUAAAGCAGUGUUGGGAAAUCGAGAGGCAUUAUGGCGCUGCCAUCAGCCAGAAAGCUCAUACGAGCAAUACAAACAGGACCCUGAGAAUGGAAUUAAUAUGCCAUUCAAGUUUGACCGAAAGAAGGACGCUGAUGAGGAGAGGGAUUGGAGUCAUACGUAUCUUUUCGAGUAUUCUGCACGGACUGGGAUUAUACUUGAGAAGAUAUAA